GCUCGGAAGCUCCUCUCCUCGGCUCCUGAGCUCCCCGGUUCCCUGCCAGCCGCGCCUGUCCCGGAGUGCCCGCCGGAGGGAAGAGUGACUCUCUGAACCUGUGAAAUGGCAGUGAUGGGAAUUACAUGCCAAGGAGCUCCUGAUCCAGCCAUCAAGCACAAGAAGGAGCUCACAGCUACCAAGGGGCUGAACGAGACAGUUAGUGAAAAGCAGAGCAGUGUUUGCAAAGUAGAAGAUUCAAAGAAGGUCAUCUUUCACAGUCAGUGGAAAAUCCUGAAUGAUGUAAUCACCAAAGGAACAGCAAAAGAAGAAACAGAAGGAGGCUGUGCAUCAAUUUCUAUUAUUGCCCAAGCAGAAUGUGAAAACAGUCAGGAGUUCAGCCCCACUUUAUCAGAGAGAUCCUUUAUUGCUCAUAGUAAGCGUUACAGCCGGUCAGACAGCCUCGAUCAAAUCCCUAACAAUGUGGCCCAUGCAACGGAGGGGAAGAUGGCGCCUACCUGUUGGAGAGGGAGGCAUCGUGGUAAGACGAAAAAGAAACGUCACAAGAAAAGAUCCAAGCUGAAAAUACAAACAGUGGCUGCUGGCAGGCGAGGUCCCAGAACUCCAGAACAAGAGAGCUGCACUCCAAUUCCCGUCCAGGAGGAUGAAUUGCACCAAAAUACUCUUUACAGAAACAAUUUUUGGGUUUCAGAACUUAACAAGGACUUGGUCUAUGAUCCACUGCCAUUUGAGAAACCUGAGAAAGUUCUGUCCACGGGCAAACUCCAUUCACCAAGAAGCCAAUACAAAACAGAACUGCACAAGUUGAUAAGCCCUAUUCAGUGCCUUAAUCAUGUUUGGAAACGGCACUAUCAGAGGGACAGUGUUCCACAGCCUGAAACUCUCCAUCCUUUUCCUUACAACAUAAUACCCCCUCAUUUCCCACAUCUGGACAGUCCGCUCCAUGCCAUGAAACGUAAUGCUCUGGAGACAUACUUCCAUGGUGAUCUCAACUAUCAAGACAGUGAGCAUCACUUACCUGGCCUAAACUUAGAAUAUAGUUUCCCCAAAUGUGUCAACCAGUCCAUGAAAACCAGUUUGGACAAGAUUUCUGUGGAAGAAUACUUGGUAGAUGCCUUGAAGGGGAGCGUGAGUCUCGGUGAACCACAAAAUUUAGCCAGCCUAGCCAAGACGUGGAGAGGAGGUGGUCUGGACCCAAAGGAACAAUUUCAUGAAGCGGAUGAAAAUGAAGGCGUGCUACUUAAUGAGAAACUAAAGCCAGUGGAUUAUGAGUACCGAGAAGAGGUUCAUUGGACCAAGUGUCAUGGUUCUUUGGGCAUUGGCUCUUUUGGAGAAGUAUACAAAAUAGAGGACAAACAGACGGGAUUUCAGUGUGCUGCCAAAAAGGUACAAGUUGAACACUUCCGUGCAGAGGAGUUAACGACAUGUGCUGCAAUAACAAGUCCUAAAGUUGUCCCCUUGUACGGAGCUGUGAAGGAAGGACCUUGGGUGACCAUCUUCAUGAAGCUGAUGGAGGGUGGCUCACUAGGUCAGCUAAUUAAACAGAGUGGCUGCCUGCCAGAGGACAGAGCCCUCAGUUAUUUGGGCCAGGCAUUAGAGGGCUUGGAGUAUCUUCACGCUCAAAACAUUCUCCAUGGAGAUGUAAAAGCGGAAAAUGUGCUCUUGUCUGAUGAUGGAAGCAGAGCUCUUCUGUGUGACUUUGGUCACUCUGCUCACCUUCAUCCAGAUGGCCUGGGAAAGUGCUUGGUCACAGGGAACUAUGUGCCUGGCACGGAAACUCAUAUGGCUCCAGAGGUGGUCAUGGGAAAGCGCUGUGACUCCAAAGUGGAUGUCUGGAGCAGUUGCUGUAUGAUGCUGCACAUGCUUAAUGGGUGCCACCCUUGGACCCAGUACUACAAUCACCCGCUCUGUCUAAAGAUAGCUAAAGAGCCACCUCCUCUGAGGGAAAUUCCACCUUCCUGCAACCCUCUCACUGCUGAGAUUAUUAAAAUGGGUCUGGAGAAAGAGCCUGUUCAGAGAGCAUCUGCAUCUGAACUGAAAACUAAGACCAGUGUCGCACUUGAAGAAGUGGGAGGUGUGACAAGCCCCUGGAAAGGUGAAUACAGAGAGCCUAGACAUUUAUCUUUGAACAAAGAAAACAAUCCACAGACAUUCCUGUCCCCCACAGUGAGCCCAGUUUCUGAGGCUGGUUCUGACCCAAAACUGGCAGUCAAAGUUUCUUGUGUGAGCCCAGUCCUACCACCACCAUCUCUGGAGCAAACAGAUGAGGUCGAGGGAACCCCUUGGAACGUGUGCAAGGAAUCAUCUGAGACCUGGGAUCCUCCACCUCUCUCCUCGACUCCUCUCCCCCUGAAGAGCUGCAGCCAUGUGGAGAGAGCAACAACCAUUUCAGAACAAGAGCUUCAGCAGCUGGAAAUAGAACUGUUUUUGAACAGCCUUUCACAGCCUUACUCGCUGGAAGAGCAAGAACAAAUGCUUUCAUGUCUCAGCAUCGACAGCCCGUUCGUGUCAGAUGCUAGUGAGAAGAACUCCAUGAAGGCUUCUCAUAGCUUGAGGGACACCAUGAGCUCUGGGAUUCAUUCCUGGAACAGCCAGACAGAUGGACAGAGCUUCAGUUGGAACAACCUGCUGAACCGCAGUCGGCACACAGACACUCCCAGCUAUUUCAACGGAGUGAAAAUCCAGAUCCAGUUGCUAAGUGGAGAAAAUUUACACAUCAGGGAUUUCCACAGGACAAAGGUGGGAGACAUUGCCACUGGGAUAAGCAGCCAGAUACCAGUCCCUGCUUUCAGUCUGGUUACUAAAGAAGGCCAACCAGUUCACUACGACAUGGAGGUCCCUGACUCUGGUAUUGAGCUGCAGUGCACCCUUGCCCCUGACUGCAGCGUCAGCUGGACAUGGCGAGUCAAACACGGUCAACUGGAGAACAGGCCAUGAAGCCGUUCCUGUUUUGGAGGUUUUUACCUUGUUGCAAGAAGGAAUUGCAAAAGCUUCCAACCACCCCUGCCAUGGAGCACCAAGUGCAGUUGCUGGUGUUUUGUGCUGAAGUAGGAUAGCGGUUCAGCAGCUCGCUGCUCUCGGGCCUCACUUCUGUUGUCUGUUCUGAUCCAGUUCCAAGACAUGUCCUGAGCUUAGAUGUUCCCCAGAACAGUGGGAAUUACUUGUUUUGGGUGUGAGUGUUAGGUUGAGCUUGAGAAUGGUGGGUGGAAAUUCCUGCUUUUCAGAGGAAUGCGAUUGUGCUUUUCAGGAGAAUAGGGGGUUGGAUGAGAACUACUGUUGCUCAGCCUCCGAGGUGAAGCGGGUAGUUGCUGGGCUUGCCCAAAGGAGGAGGUUGGGUAUCUUCAGUGCAGCUGUGGUUGUUUGCGCCGAGGGGAGCUGGCUAACUUCCUUCUAGCUGGAGGAAAAACUUAAUGUUUCUGUAGGCUUUGGGUAGCAUCAUCUCUACCUCUAGCCUUUUGCAUGGGGAAAGUCGACAGCAGUAACUAGCUGGGUUCUUGGUUUCACCUCCCACCCUUCCCCGCAGACGCUUCCUUCUUGAAUCAGAAAAGAACUUUGUUCCCAGAAAGAGCUUUGCUUGCAGCUCUCAUCUUCAGGUCUCCUCCCCGACUUAGGAGCUGGUGCUCUCUCUCUGAUAUUGCUGCCAACGUUGUCUGGCAGGUAGGACAGGAGGAGGGUAUUCCCUGGUGGGCAGGGUGAAGGGGUUGUGUUCCUCCAUCCUGUUUCCACCGCUGACUCUGGACUUCAUGUGAACUGUCCCGUCCAGGCAGCUCCCCCUGGAGGGGGAAGGACCGGCGGCUCAGUCAGCUCAGACAAGGUCUGAAUUUUGCUGCAGUGUUUAUAAAAUCUCACUCCCAGCUAUCAAUCCAGCCGGCCGCUCGGCCCCUCCGCUGGAGAUCAGUGCUCCAGUUCUGCGUGGUGUGUUAGCUCAGACUAUCUUCACCAGCACUUACAGACUGGCACGAGGAUUCGUGCUGCUCCCCUUAUGUCAAAAUGUGUUAAAGGAGUGGGAUGGGCAGCUGGGCCCUAAUGCCUUAAGCUUUGAGCUUUUUUUUACUGAUUUGUGAAUUGUUUGGAGUAUACUGAAACUGCGUGGGUCAAAUUCAGACGGGCAGGUGUUGUCAGCCCUUCUAUAACCCAGAACAAAACCAGAGGGAAGUGUAAGCUAUGAGUGUACUUGUUCAGGACUGCUCGAAGUCCUUGCACAUCUGGAAAUCAGGGUCACUUGACAACGUGCUGUGGCUCUUCCAGUGUGCUGUAACUACAGUGGCCUCUGAGCAGGGGCUAUCUACAUCCAGGCUGAGUAAAGAAACAGCUCCAAAAAAGCAAGGUAGGCCCUGCCAGAUCUGUGCUGGUUCUGAGAGACACAAUGGGGCAGGAAUGUUGGCAGUUUUCUCAAGUGAAGUUCACUUAGAAAAUAGCUGGGAAAAGAUAUGCUCUGGGCCUCCCUUUUUGAGGACCAAUGCUCCUUAAGCAACUGAUACUCUUUCCCUUUGGUCUCCCAGAACAUCGGCUGGUUUUGAUACACUAGGCAGUGACAUCCCUAAUCAGAAAACUAAAGUAGUGAUGCAAUAAAAAAGUGGAAUUCUUGAAGAAAAAUGAAACCUGUCACAGCUAUGGAUAUAGUUUUUAUAGCACUUUUUGUUCUAAAGCACUUAAUACGUUGUCCAAAACAUACCUAAUUAUAUCUGAAAUGCCACAUUAAGAGUCUUUUUAGUAAACAAUUAACACAUUACGCACAUCUCUUCCAGGAAGGAGUGGGGGGAGUGGGUAGGUUGGCUCGAUUUCUUUUUUUUCAGAUGCCAUAAACUACUAAGAAUUGUAGGCUCUGGAGCAGGAGGGAUCAAAAUGCCUCUCCAGGGUUCCCAGGAGCUCCCAAGCACGUGUUCGGUGCAGCAACCAAACUCCCCACUCCUGGCACCCUUCCUAGGCUUCCUCUGAGGGGGGGAGGAGAAAAACCUGUUAGUUGUUUCUAAGAAGAGUCAGUUGGUGAUGUGUCAAUAUGACACAUCACUGUUGGUGAUGUGUCAAUACGAAAGCAUGGUCUGUUCCCUUCCCAAAGGCUGCAUCUCGUGGCUUGCACUGUUGUCUGCAAAAUGCUUCGAUGUAUGGGUGUACAGUUUUGUACAUUGGUGUUAGACUCAAGUUCUGCCGAGCAGCAGGGCAGGAUGCAGCAGCCCUCUGUUUACAGGACUUCUGAGCUUUACACUUCAUCUAUAGCAUUAACAUUAAUCUCAGGCCACCUACACGAAUGGGUGAAAGGCAGUAAACCCUUGCGAACCCAGAAUGUCUUUGUUGGGUAGAUGGAGAUGUCCAUGUUCUCCUGUACUCUCACACCAGCAUUAGCCAGUAUCUCCAUCCUGUUCCUUUUGUCCAAAACCUUCAGUCCUAUUUUGCUGCCACCUCAAGUGAGAAAGUGAGGCUGCAGAUUUCUACCUAACAAAUCUGUUACGUGACAGCCGGCCAGACAAGCGGGCUGAGGUGUCAGCAGUCCCUGCCAGAUGGGAAAGACGCUUCGGCAAAUACCACAAACCACUGGUGCUUUCCUACUGUCCUGAAAUGUGGUUCUGCUCUCAGGAGUAUCUCCAGGGUUUUCAUGUUUUUGCUACCUACCAGCUUGGGAUCUCCUUGACUCUCCUCUGCUGCCAGGACAGUUUCCUCUUAAUUUGGCUGGUCAUUAUUGCUGUAACAGGCAUAAAAAGUCCAGCUUCCAGAUGAAGGCUGGCUGUGCAAUACUGACAGAAGAAAAAGUCAGGAAAGCUUUUUGUUAUCCAUGUUAAAAUUUGGCUGAAACUGUGUGUAAUAACAUAACUAGUCUUUAGGACAGAGCUCCAGUUCAGGGUAGGGAGGACAAAUAGCAGUAGGAGUGAUAAACACAGAUGGCUCUUGUCAUGUAGCUCCUUCCUAAAGUCUGGAAAAAUCACUGUUGGCAAAGCAGUGUGAAGCUGAUAAUCUCUUUGGGAUGGGCAGUACUGGCAUGGGUGAAGACGAUGGAAUGACUAGCUUGUACUGAAUGAAUGACACUUUAUAAAACUGUGAUUUCUUGAAAUUAAUAUUUUGACCUGCAUUUUCACAGGGAAAAAAAUAA